AUGGUCCUUGUCGACUACCCACAUUCAAGCUCUGAGAGCGAAGAACAAGAAGCAACGAAACCGACUAUCAAGCAAGGCAGUGGGAAACGGAAGGCUGAGCAUGUAGAACAAGAGGGACAAGAUUUCAACAGGCCCAAACCGUCUCCGCCGCCAUUACCCAGUUCGUUCCACUCCCUGUACGCCACCAACGUGAGAAGCUCGACCACCGACGACCCUUCCUUGCAUGCCGGUCGCACGCGUCAAGUCCCCCAUGUGGUAGGUAACUGGCCCUCCCACAUCUAUCUCGAGUGGUAUCCAUCAAAAUGCUGCCUUGCGACCCUCGAUACCGCGAUACAGAAAGCCGCUUCGGCAUUGGGGCCAGGACAAGGAGAUCAGAGAAGCAAUGUACACAGCUUCUUGCAUUCUGAGUUGGGCGUACAGUUACCUCUCCACAUCAGUUUGUCUGCUCCCCUCGUGUUGAAGACAGAGCAAAGAAAUCUGUUCCAAACCAGCCUCGAAUCAAAGUUGAGCCAGGCCCGUAUCCAGCCUUUCACAGUCGAGGUUUCAGGACUCGACUGGGUAGCGAAUUACGUCAAAACAAGGUUCUUCCUGGUUUUGAGGCUGAUGAAGCCUGAAAGCGAUGAAUUAAACAGGUUGUUAUCAAUAUGUAAUGCGACUGCCCAGCAAUUCGGUCUGCCUUGUCUCUAUGCAGACUCGCGCGAUACCCCUACAAGCCUUCGGUCCCACUCGGAGACAAAGACGGUGCGCGAAAUGACUGAUAAGUCGGAUGCCUUUCACAUCAGUAUAGCAUGGACUCUUAAUGAGCCUGAUGACCAAAGCAGGCAAGAACUUAUCCGCCUCGCAGAUGACCAGUUGCGGGCUUUGAAGGUGAGCUUCCUGCUUCUCAAGCUGAAGAUCGGGAAUGCUGUGAUCAAUAGUCCUUUCGCUAUCGGCUGUGACGGAGACAAGUGA